CCCCGCCCUUUGCAGCCUUCUCUCCUGCGGACCCCGAAGCCGGGCACCCUGGGGGCCAUGCAGAAGGCCGGGGCCGGGGGCCGGAGAGCCUCCGACUGCGGCCCUGCCCCUCACCGGCCCAGGUGCAUCACCAAGUUUGCCCAGUACGUGGGCUCCUUCCCCGUGGACGACCUGGACACCCAGGAGAGCGCGUGGCUGGUGCAGCAACAGCUGUGGGCACUGAAGGACUGUCCCCACCGCCGGGCUGUCAUCCUGAAAUUCAGCCUUCAGGGCCUCAAGAUCUACGGUGGGGAGGGUGAGGUGCUCCUGAUGGCUCAUGCCCUGAGGCGCAUACUCUACUCCACCUGGUGCCCAGCCGACUGCCAGUUUGCCUUCAUGGCUCGAAAUCCCCGGAGCCCGGCCAGCAAGCUCUUCUGCCACCUCUUUGUGGGCAGCCAGCCUGGAGAGGUCCAGAUCCUGCACCUGCUGCUCUGCCGCUCCUUCCAGCUUGCUCACCUCUUGCGGCACCCUGAGGAACGGGCACGGCAUGAACCCUGCCCGGGACCCGUAGGGGACGUGCCCCUGAAGCCCCUGUCGGGCCCUGGGGGCACCCCUGGCCUAGUACGGGAACCCCUCGGCGGUGAUGAGCUCUCACAGCACGUUAACGCACUGAUCUCCUUCGGGCAGCUGCCAGCAGGGGGGCCUGGGGGCAGUGGGAAGGAGCCACCGGAGUCGGAAAGCCGCGGGGGCGCCCGCCACACCCGCCUGGGGAACCCGUACUGCUCGCCCACGCUGGUGCGCAAGAAGGCCAUCCGCAGCAAGGUGAUCCGCUCCGGGGCCUACCGCACCUGCACCUACGAGACGCAGCUGCAGCUGUCGGCUCGGGAGGCCUUUCCUGACGCGUGGGAGGCCUGGCCUCGGGGUCCUGGGGGCCCCUCAUGCCUGGUGGAGAGCGAGGGCAGCCUGACGGAGAACAUCUGGGCUUUUGCUGGCAUCUCGAGGCCCAGUGCCCUCGCCCUGCUGCGGAGAGAUGUGCUUGGGGCCUUCCUGCUGUGGCCUGAGCCAGGCACCAGUGGCCAGUGGUGCCUGUCGGUGAGGACACAGUGCGGCGUGGUGCCCCACCAGGUCUUCCGGAACCACCUAGGCCGCUACUGCGUGGAGCACCUGCCGGCUGAGUUCCCCAGCCUGGAGGCCCUGCUGGAGCAUCACGCUGGGACGGAGCGCAGCCUCUUCUGCUCCCUCGACAUGGGCCGCCUGAACCCUGGCUACGAGGAGCAGGACUGCGGGCCCGAGGGCAGUCUUCCCCGGAAGCUCCGGCCCCUUGGCCAUGCCAAGUCCGAGGCAGAACUGCAGGGCCUGGGCUAG